CUUAACUAACACCUACGUCCGGGACUGUCGCUCAUUCAUAAAAAAAAAAAGAGGCUACAACCCCAGGGUCCGUGUCUGUGUAUUCAGCUCCUAGUAAACAUGGCGGGUUACCUUAAAGCUCUGACGACCGUGACGAGGAGUGCAGCCGCUGCAGCGUCUCAAAGCCCCGCUGUGCUCUCACCGGCCGCCGUCUGCCACCACCGGCUGCACCGGAGGAGCUAUGCCACAAAGCGCAUCAAGGCGGACCAGCCGGUGGUGGAGAUGGACGGCGAUGAGAUGACCCGCAUCAUAUGGGAGUUCAUCAAAGAGAAGCUCAUCCUGCCCAACGUCGAUGUUGAGCUGAAGUAUUUUGACCUGGGUCUGCCCUUCCGUGACCAGACAGGCGACCAGGUCACCAUCGACUCCGCUCUGGCAACUAAGAAAUACAAUGUGGCCGUCAAGUGUGCCACCAUCACCCCCGACGAGGACCGAGUCGAGGAGUUUAAGCUGAAGAAGAUGUGGAAAAGUCCUAAUGGAACCAUUCGGAACAUCUUGGGUGGCACCGUUUUCCGUGAGCCAAUCCUCUGCAGAAACAUCCCUCGUCUUGUUCCCGGUUGGACACAAGCCAUAACGAUCGGCAGACAUGCGUUUGGCGAUCAGUACAGAGCCACAGACUUCGUAGUCGACCAGCCCGGAAAGUUCAAGAUGGUGUUUGCCCCAGCCGAUGGAAGCAAGCCGACGGAGUGGGAGGUGUAUGAUUUUCCCGCUGGGGGCUGUGGGAUGGGCAUGUACAACACUGAUGAGUCCAUCAGUGGAUUUGCUCACAGCUGCUUCCAGUAUGCCAUCCAGAAAAGGUGGCCUCUGUACAUGAGCACCAAGAACACCAUCCUCAAGGCCUACGACGGGCGCUUCAAAGACAUUUUCCAGGAGGUCUUUGAGAAGGAUUACAAGCCAGAGUUUGACAAGCUGAAGAUCUGGUAUGAGCACCGUCUUAUUGACGACAUGGUGGCUCAGGUCCUGAAGUCUUCUGGAGGAUUUGUUUGGGCCUGCAAGAAUUACGAUGGAGAUGUGCAGUCAGACAUUCUGGCUCAGGGUUUUGGUUCUCUAGGUCUCAUGACAUCAGUGCUAGUGUGCCCUGACGGAAAGACUAUCGAGGCCGAGGCUGCCCACGGCACCGUGACGAGGCACUACCGUGAACACCAGAGGGGAAGACCAACCAGCACCAACCCCAUCGCGAGCAUCUUUGCUUGGACCAGAGGGCUGGAGCACAGAGGCAAACUGGACGGAAAUCCAGAUUUGAUAAAGUUCUGCCAUACGUUAGAACAAGUCUGUGUGACAACUGUGGAAAAUGGUGUGAUGACCAAGGACCUUGCAGGCUGCAUCCACGGCUUGGCCAACUGCAAGCUGGGUGAACAUUAUGUGAACACAACGGACUUCCUGGAUGCUAUCAAGACCAACUUGGACAAAGCUCUGAGCAAAUGAAGAGGAAGUGGAACAAACACAUGCCAACUUAAAAAAAAACAAGUUUUAGCCGCUUUUCAUCCUUCAUUUGUAUAAAUCUUUGUAUCCAAUUUUUGAAGGAACCAAUUUUUCUAUUUUCGUGCCAUUUUUGUAUUUGUUUAGCUCACUGACACAUAAAUGUGCUCAUGGUCCUCUGCCUUUCCUUGUUGCCAAAUAUCCAGUUAUGCAUUGCAUAAUUUAAGUAAUUCUAUUGUAUCAAUGCUAUUGUUAACACGCUGUUCCCUGAAGAUACCUUCUCAUUUAUUAAGAAGGUCUCGAGGGAAACAGUGUGUAGAAAAAAAGGACAAUUAUGCCAUAUUUUGCACCGUCAGCAUUAGUAUAAAAAAAUAAAUGAUGACUCAAUUACACCCAGAGCACUGGG